AUGGAGCUCAAACUCCACGCAUUAAUGGCUUCCAUUCCACAUGCAGUCUUCACCCAUUCUUCUUUCUCUAUUCUUUUCUGUACCUACGCGGUUCUCGAUGCUAGUAGGCGUCCAAACGGAAACACCAGCAGUCGUUCCACUCACAAAAUCCCUCCUUUGUGUAAGGAGAAACAUCUUAAUGAACAGAAAUUAAAGCUCGACCAUCAAAACCAAAACAACUUGAAUGUGGGCUUGGUGGCCCUAUUGAUUGGGAUGCACUGCAAAUGUGGCAGUAUGAAGAAUGCACAACGAGUGUUUGAUCAAAUGUCAGACAAAAACAUCACUUCAUGGCAUUUGAUGAUUGGUGGGUACAUAAGUAAUGGUUUAGGGUGUGAUGGUUUAUUGGUUUUCCAGCAAAUGAAGCAAGCAGGGGUGCCAUCUGAUGGGGAAACUUUUGAGUUAUUUUUUACUGCAUGUGCACAGGCAGGUGGAGGAGGACUGGUCAGUGUCAGAGGAGGAGUGGUGGUGGGUGGAACCGUAGUCACGAAGGAGGUGGGAGAGGUUAUUGAUGAGGUGGCAGUGCCACGUGUAAUCUCAUUCAAGCAAUAA